AUGUUGAAAAAUGGACAUAGAAAAAAAAAAGCAACUCUAACCCUAACCCUAACCCUGAGGGGAGCAGUCAAGAGACCCAUCCCAACCAGUUCCCUAGGCCGCAAAACCAAGGAAGGGAACAACACUAUCAUAUUUAGUUGCCUCAAGGGGACGGAUGAAUUGAAAAAGAGGAUAGCCUUCUCCCUGGAUAAUGACACCAGGGUGAUAGAUGGCUAUCUUGUUUAUAAAAAUAUAAUCAUUAAUCCAUCCCCUAAGGAACAAAAUAGACAGAUGUCGGUGGAUAUUGUCAAACAUAUCCUCCCAUUCCAGGAUGCCAACUGCAACAAGGAGAACAUAAAGAAGGAUCCACAUCCACUCCUGAAAUCAUUCAUGAGAAGGCAAAAUAUACUGAACAAUGCAUGCAGGAACGAUGAACAGUGCACUUGCAUCAGAACGUUCAUGGAAGCAUAUAGAGUCAACCAUUGCACUCUAUACAGUAUAAAAAACCUGUAA